AUGGCGAAUGACGCAUGGGCUUAUCGAGUCCUCCAAGAAAAAUAUGAAUGUAUUGAAGCUCUUGAGAAGAUGAUGGAAAAAGAGAAUGAGAAGAACAAGCUGAAAGAUGAGGAGGUUGCAUCGUUCAUGGCAGAGAUGCGAUCAAAGUUCCCUGGUUUAUUAAUUUAUGUUGAACAAGAGUUGCCUAAAGUAGAGCACCGUAUGUGUGCACGCCACAUCUACGGAAAUCUUAGGAGAGUUUAUCUAGGCAAAGAGUUGCCUAAGGACUUGUUUUGGGCAGUUGCAAAGAGUUUCAAUAUUGCAGAAUAUGAGAGAGCUAUUUUAGCAUUGAAGAAUUUUGACAAAAGUGUGUAUGAUGCAGUGAUGAUGAAGAACCCGCGCAACUGUAGCCGUGCUUUCUUUACUUUCGCAUCAACGUGUGAGGAUGUCUCCAACAAUUUCUCUGAAUCCUACAACAAUGCCAUCAACCAAGCACGAGAGAUGCCACUAGUAGAGAUGUUAGAGAGUCUUAGACGUCAGUGUAUGAUCCGUAAUGCAAUGAGGAAGAAGAAGGCUAUGAGUCAUCAAGGAAAGUUUAUUUUGAAAGUGGCUGCCACCAUUACUGAGGAACAAAAACACAUGUUGUAUUGUCACGUAUUUCCUUGUGGUAAUGGUCAUUAUGAAGUAACUGAGCAUGGCCAAGGUUUUAGGGUUGAUAUGAAUGCUAAAACUUGUGCUUGUAGGAGGUGGAGUAUGACUAGGAUACCUUGUCGACAUGUACUGCGUAUAAUAUUGAAGAAAAAGCUGAAACCUGAGGAUUUUGUUGUCUCAGAUUGGUAUUUGACUACAAGUUGGGUUAAGCAAUACAGUGAGACACUAAUGGGAGUGAAUGGAAUGUAUUUUUGGGAAAAUUCCAGAGAAUCUAGACUUUAG